AUGCAUCUCCUUACGCUGAUCCUUGGGAUUGUGCUUCUCCCCAAAGCCUCCACCCUGAAAUGUUAUCAGUGUUUAAUGGAAAACUCUGGAACCUGCAACAACACUGCAGAAUGUCCUCUACAGGGUCAACAGUGUGGUGCCAUCAAUAUUGUUACAUAUGCAGGCGGUAUAAAACUCGCUGAUUUUCCCACAAAAUCCUGUGUUUUGCCUACGGAGUGUGUCGAAGGGUCAGUCAACUUUGGACCUGCAAAGACUGUGUUUACCAGCAGGUGCUGCAACUCCGAUCUCUGCAACACUCAACCUGCCCUGGAUGUCGGUCAGUCCUCCCCAAAUGGCAAAAAGUGCUUCUACUGUGAUGGAAUAUCGUGUACUGGAACUCUGAACUGUGUGGGGACUGAGGACCACUGCAUCACAUCAGCAGUGAACGUAGGAGGGAUGGCCAUGACAAUGAAGGGCUGUGUUUCCAAGAUGCUAUGUUCAAGUGUCCAAUAUGCUCAGACGAUGGGCAUGGGAAAGGACAGCAGCUGCUGCCAGGGCAACUUCUGCAACAGUGCCACCAGUACAACUGCUGGCAUUCUGCUGUUGGUGGCACCGCUGGUCUCUUUGGUCUUGUUUUCUUAGUUUUGCUUCUCAUCUGUGCAGAACCUCAUAGUGCUUAAACCGGCUUUGUUACUGUUUCAGACAUGUGUGAGAAAGUAGAAAUUUAGAAAGCAAAAGACAAAAUAGUUUUUUCUUGU